AUGGCUCCCAAAUCAGCAACUUUGCUCUCAGCCCUUCUGGCUGCCACCACCGUCUACGCUGCUCCUGGUGCUCCCGCUCCUCUUGAGAAGCGUGCCGAUUGGGUGACAGCCGUGAUCGAUGGUAAGACCGUGUCUUGGGAGAACAACUGGAACGUUCCCGCACAGUCUACACCCCCUGCUGUUAUGCCUACCAACUCUGCUGCAUCGGACAACAACGCCCAGUGGAUAACGGCCACUUACAACGGCGCCACCUUCAGUUGGCAGGCAGGUGCUCCUACUGCUGCACCGGCUUCUACUGCUGCUUCAUCGCCUGCUCAGCCUACUGCAGCUGCCCCGGCUCCCAGAGUCACCAACACCGACCCUUCAUGUAGAGACGUCCACAUCUUCCNNCUUUCCAAGGGCUGGAACGAGCCCUACCCUGGUCGUCAGGGCAAGCUUGCUGGUGCCAUUUGCUACGGCCUUGACUCUUGUGACUACGAGGACAUUCUCUUCUACAACGCUGAUGGCAGUGACUACUGCACCGCUGUCAAGGAGGGCGACAGCAAUGGCAUUGACCAGAUGACUGCCUACGCUAAGAAGUGCCCUGCCUCCAAGCUUGUCUUGUCUGGUUACUCUCAGGGUGCCAACGUUGCCGGAGAUAUCCUCGGUGGUUCCGACAGAUGCGGUGGCCCCAACCCCGGUCUUGACCCCUCUACCAGCCCUGGCAACCAGCUCAAGGCUAUCACCAUCUUCGGUGACACCAGACACGUCGCCAACCAGCCCUACAAUGUCCUCAACGGUUCCGAUGUGAGCUCCACCGACCCCCGUACCACCGACUCUCUCAACCGCAUGAACAAGUUCGGCAACAUCAUGAGAUCUUACUGCGACCACCGCGACCCUGUCUGCGCUUCUGGCGGCCCCGGUCCCUUCGAUGUCAACCAGCACCUCAACUACUUCGACCUUUACUCUGACGAUGCCGCCGGCUGGAUCAAGUACAUUCUCGGCUUCUAA